GUUUGUAUGAGAGCUGAGAUAUAUGGAGUAAAACUCCAGUCAGCCUCUAAAGUAAACUACGCCUACCAUAAAACAGCAACACAGUCCAGUACUUAUCCGGGUGGACCACCUGAUCAUGCAGUUGAUGGGAUUCCUAAUCCAAGCUUUAAUGGUAAAAGCUGCACCCACACCCAGCAUGAUUACGGAGCCUGGUGGAUGGUUGAUCUUGGUCAGGGUAUACCUGUGUAUGAGGUGUUUAUUGUUAAUAGGGCCUCUAACUCCGAGAGACUGCACGACUUUCUAAUUCUUAUUGGUAAAUAA